UACCCUGUGGUGUUUGAGGGAAGAGAGUUAGUAACGGGAGGGGGUUAGAAAGUGGGAACUUUUUUUGCGCAUGUGUAUCUGGCUGCCCGGCGGAAGGCAGGGGUUAGCUGAAGCCCAUGGAGCUGCAAUGCAAAAAUUUGAUCAAGGAGACUGCUAAGGCCCGCUUAAGAAAACAUGAUGUUGGAACCAAGUUUUCUCUGUGGUUAUCAACGAAAUAUUCUGUCUUACUACCUUUGCUGGUUAAAGAAGAAAAGAUUUAUGUGCUUUUCACAGUCCGUUCAAAGAAGUUACGUACCUCUCCAGGGGAAGUGUGCUUUCCAGGAGGAAAGAGUGAGCCAGGAGACACAGAUGAUAUAACCACAGCUCUCCGGGAAGCUCAGGAGGAGAUUGGGCUUCAGCCUCACCAAGUAGAAGUCAUCUGUCGUCUUGUGCCUUAUAUAAACAAGAAUGGUGCCAUGAUAACUCCAGUUGUGGGAUUUAUAGACAGUUCAUUCCAGGCCCAGCCUAAUCCACAUGAAGUGAGCGAGGUGUUCCUGGUGCCUCUGGAGUAUUUUCUGAAUCCACGCACACACUUUUCCUUUCAUGCAAUUGUUUUUGGCCACUGUUUACGUAUUCAUUCUUUUGGCUACAUGGAUCCCCAAAAUCAAUCAGUCUAUCAAAUCUGGGGGUUGACAGCCAGGUUUGCACUGCUGACUGCACUCAUUGUUUUGCAAAAACGACCAUCCUUUGAUGUGGAAUAUGACCUUGAUAAUCUCAUUUCAUCCUCUGAGCAACACUUUUUAAAGAUACACAGAAAUGUCAAAAGUAAGUUAUGAUCUAGACAUGGAUACAUCCAGGCAUUUAUUCAUUUACUGUGCUGAGUCUCAGACAAGAUUCCUUCUCUUGGCAUCAUAUUUGAUGUUGGGUUAACCUAUGCUGUGGGGUCCUCGAAAGCCUAGGUUGAGAGCUUUAUGGAUUAUGUUGUUUUUCACUUCUGUAUCCCCAGUGCCAAGCUUAGUGCCUUGCAAAUGGAAGCCUAAUAAAUGUUUAUUGAACUGAAAAAAA